GUGGGCUGAGCCAUAAUGGCGUCGACACGGGACAACCGACCACAGACUGGACGAGGGCGGUCUCAUGCCGAGCGACUUCCGCGUCUCCUUUCCUGGGCUGGGACGGAGGCUCCAAGUGAAACGCUGUCGUUCACAAACUUUAUCUCAAAUUUAAGCUUUGACAGGCCAGUACCGUGCACAUCAGCAAUGUCUCAGUCUGGAGAAAAAGCAAAGUUCCCUGAGGCGGCAGGCUACGUGGGCUUUGCAAACCUCCCAAACCAAGUCCAUCGAAAGUCUGUAAAAAAAGGAUUUGAAUUCACCCUCAUGGUCGUAGGGGAGUCUGGUUUGGGCAAAUCAACACUUAUAAACAGCUUGUUCCUCACUGAUCUCUACCCCGAACGCUACAUUCCUGGCGCUGCAGAGAAGAUUGAGAGGACGGUGCAGAUCGAGGCGUCCACCGUGGAGAUCGAAGAGAGGGGAGUGAAGCUGCGCCUCACUGUGGUGGAUACACCGGGUUACGGCGACGCCAUCAACAGCCAGGACUGUUUUAAGACCAUCAUUCAGUACAUCGACAAUCAGUUUGAGCGCUACCUCCACGACGAGAGCGGCCUCAACCGACGGCACAUCGUGGACAACAGGGUGCACUGCUGCUUCUACUUCAUAUCGCCUUUUGGACACGGUCUAAAGCCUUUGGAUGUGGAGUUUAUGAAAGCCAUCCACAGCAAAGUUAAUAUCGUCCCGGUGAUUGCCAAGGCGGAUACUCUGACACUGAAGGAGAGGGAUCGCUUGAAGAGGCGGAUUCUGGACGAGAUCGCCGAGCACGGAAUUCGAAUUUAUCAACUACCUGAUGCCGACUCUGACGAGGAUGAGGAGUUCAAGGAGCAGACCAGAGUCUUGAAAGCCAGCAUUCCCUUUGCUGUGAUUGGCUCCAACCAGCUGAUCGAGGUAAAGGGCAAGAAGAUCCGCGGUCGCCUGUACCCGUGGGGGGUCGUGGAAGUGGAAAACCCCGAGCACAAUGACUUCCUCAAGCUCCGCACCAUGCUCGUGACGCACAUGCAAGACCUGCAGGAGGUGACCCAAGACCUGCACUACGAGAACUUCCGCUCGGAGAGGCUGAAGAGAGCCGGAAGGGCUGUGGAUGAGGACGUGAUGGAUAAAGACCAGAUACUGCUCCAGAAAGAGGCAGAGCUGAGACGCAUGCAAGAGAUGAUCGCUCAGAUGCAGGCGCAGAUGAAGAUGAAAUCCGACGAGUGAAACCAAACGCGUACACACACACACACACACAAUGCUGUCACCCUAUACUGUACAACCUGCAAAAAUUUUUAGGAUCCAGUUGCCUGCACCUCCAUAUCUCACUUAUCCUUCCAUAUUGCCUUACUUGCCAUCAGUGCGUGACUCUUUACUUUAUAUUUUGUUGUUGUUUGUUUGUGUUCAUGCUGUAGUUUUCUCCAUGGCUUUACAUUGAAUUAAAAUGUACCGAUGGAUUUCAUCAUUACCUUUACAUUAGGAUCUGUCAGGCUGCCAGAUAAUCAGGUACGAUGACGCUCACGUUUACCAAAAUGUUUUCUGUUCAGUCUUAAUAAUAUCUGAAUAAUAGCCCGCCAAUUGUGGGACUUUCUAUGACAACAGCUGUCGGCAGAAAGCUAACCGUUUGCUCCUGUUCAUGUCACACAGGACAGCAUGAGCAUGAUGUCAUUUUUCUGCUUUCCAUCCGUAAAAAUUUCUAAGGACACUAUACAAUAAUAAUCAUAAAAAUAAACCGGCUGUGUGUUAUUUUUAAGCGACAUGCUGCUACUACAGUUGUACUUAUGAGGCGUAUGACGUCAAUGUUUUCACUAAAAAAAGCUCAUUUUGCUCAAGUCUCAAUUUUCACUCCAGUGGUACAUCGACUUCCGACUGACCCCACAACAGCUAUUCCGAAUUCACUCCGCAAACACGCUUAUGUAGUCUGUCUCCAUUUUUUUGGUUUAUUUUUAGAGGCUGGAAAGGGAAUUUCCAUUGAUUUAAAUUUGGUAUUUUGAGUGAUUCUGGUCAAAAAAUGAAUUAAAUUCAUUCAGAGGUCAAGGUGCCGCUUUUUGGACUUUUGCUCAUGGCCAAAUGAGCUGUACUGUAUUCAAUUUUCCAUUUUCAUGUGAAAAUUUUUUUUUGUGUACUCACGUGUCAUCACUGAUGUGCCAUUCAGUUGUAUUUUAUACUGCCAUGCAAAUGUCUACUUGUUAACCAAAAUGUACACGCAUUAACCGUGACUGAUUAGGUAUACGUCCACUGCAAUAAGUUUGUUUACAGAAUACAUAUUUCUACUUCCAAUUGUUUGUUGUAUUUCCUUUGUCAGUGAGCAUCUUUGUUCCUUAACGUGUGACUGUUGUGCUUGUUUAUUCUUCUGAAUAAAUACACAAAAAGCACAACUUAAUGAGAUCCAAACAUGUCUGCCUUUACAAUGGUAAUAAUCCUUGUUUGUAUGACGGAGGUAUUACUUUAGCGAAUAUGUUUAUUGUUAUUGCACAAUAUCGUUUUUUUAUUAUUAUUAUUGGUUAAAAAAUAUAUCUCUUUGUACUUCAAUUCCAACCUCAUUCAGUCUUGUUUUAGAGCAAAGAUAGGAAAGCAGACCUUGUUCUGAUACUGUUUUCUCUUUGCUGUGAGACAAAAGCAAGAUGUCUGUGAUUGUGUGGGGGCUCCAGUUGCCUGAGGCAGAUGAUAACUUGCCUGUUCAUGAGUACUUCAAGGACUUUGCCAAAGGAGAAUUUGGCAGUCUUCAUUGAGCCAUCAGUGUUUCUUUUGAAGGGUUAGGUGGACGACCAGGAGGCAAACACGGGCAAUUGACCCCUCUGUGGCUAUUGCGCAAUCCGCGUCGCUGACCAAUCAGAGGCCAGAGAUCUGCAUAAACCAAAGCCCCUUUUUGCUCCCGCCAUUUUCUCAGACAACAUUGCAUGGUAUCCUGAAAGGCUAGUUGGUGGAGUUCCAUUCGUACCCUUUCCAAAACCGAAGACCCAGUACGAAAAAUGCCUUCCAUGGAUCAAACUUUGUGGAAGACCUCAUCAUCAACUAAAUCCAUCUAAUAUCAACCGGAACACAUAUGUUUGCACGAAGCGCACGUGGCGUGACGUCACUUCAGGAGGCGGGGUUAAGUGCCCUGCACGGAGGGGUCAAUUGCCUCGGGAUCUCGAGGGGCCCCAAACAUCGCUGGCGAUUCGCGAGACUUUUCAGAUGAGAGGCCAAAUUUGUUGCAAGGCGACCGGAGAAGUUCUGUUGCCAUCGAUUCAAUACAA